AUGAAAUAUACUGUGUUUGGAACAAUUAGUUUAAAUGAUAUUUCCAAAUGGUACUCAAGCAUAAAGAUUAUGAUAAAAAAUGAUAGAAAAUUUCAAAUUAUAAUAGAAAAUAAAAUGAUGAUCACUCCUGUUAGUACAAAUGAAGCAACAAUUCUUGAUAAAAAAACAGUAGAAACGAUAACAGAAGUUACAAAUAAUAUGAAGAGAAUUUGCCACUAUCUUACUUCAGAUAGAGAUAUCUUUAGUGAUAGAAAUAUGAAAAUAAUUUUAAGAAAUUAA